AUGGCCAAGAUUUCACGUGGUGCCCCUGGUGGCAAGCUCAAGAUGACCCUGGGUCUCCCAGUCGGCGCCGUCAUGAACUGCGCCGACAACUCGGGCGCCCGAAACCUCUACAUCAUCUCGGUCAAGGGCAUCGGCGCCCGCCUGAACCGACUCCCCGCCGGCGGCGUCGGCGACAUGGUCAUGGCCACCGUCAAGAAGGGAAAGCCCGAGCUUCGAAAGAAGGUCCACCCCGCCGUCAUCGUCCGACAGUCCAAGCCCUGGAAGCGAUUCGACGGUGUCUUCCUGUACUUUGAGGACAAUGCUGGUGUUAUCGUCAACCCCAAGGGCGAGAUGAAGGGCUCCGCCAUCACCGGCCCCGUCGGCAAGGAAGCCGCUGAGCUGUGGCCCCGUAUCGCCUCCAACUCGGGUGUCGUCAUGUAA